ACCCGGUUGUGCAUGAGGUUGAUGUUUUUAUUUCCAAAAGUCUAGCAGAUAAUCUGUAUCUACUGCAGAUCUAGUAUGCUGUACCAUUUUACCAUUUUUGUCAGCAAAAAACAUGUAGGCCUAGUCCAUUUUGGAAACUUUCAUGACGUCACAGUGACCUAAUUGUAUCCAGUACGCCCUGGGAGAAUGACAUAUGAUGAUGUAGAUAUUCAUUCUGCAAGAGUAAAACCAGUUCAGAAAAAGGUGGAAAUUGAGUGUGCAAUAAACACUAGAAGUCCUCACUAUGCCAAAAGUAAGGGAGAACAGAUUGCCUUAAAUGUGGAUGGUGCAUAUGGAAGUUCAACAGAUUCUUUAUAUUCUAGUGACAAAAUGGAUAAACAGGUGCUAACUUCAGUUAGCACUGGGGACAAAUCUGGGAGAUAUGCUGCAGGGAUUUUCAAAGAUGGAGAGCUGCAUUUGACUCCUCUUCAUGCAAUCAUACAGAUGAGGCCCAGUUUUGCUUACAUGGACAGAGCAGACCAGAAAAUUAAGACUGAUGUAGGACCAGCUGGAGAUGGUGGUGAGUCUUCACAAGAUGAGGAGGAGGAUGUGAAACCUGUCACUGUGAAGUUUGCCCAGCAGGAGUCGUCGGAGGCCAAGGCUCGCAGAAUGGCCUCAUUUGAUUACCUGUACAAAAAGCAACAGGAAGAGGCAUGGUUGCCCUUACAGUACCACAAUAUUAGUACUGGUAGGGCUGAAUCCGAAAGGCUCCAGUUGUAUGCUGGGAAGGGUGAUGAGUUGUCAGAGUUUCAGUUGCAGCCUGGGGAAUAUCUACAGACCCUGAUGCCAGAGACAGACCAGGAACAAGAAGAGAAGCCUGCAAUGCCCAGUAAUGUGUUGUCCUUGACACAGUUAAGAACCAUGCCUCUUCAUGACCAAGUCAGAACACUACUGACAAAUGCCAAAGUUAUCCGUUUUAGCCAGUUGCUUGCACUUCUUCCUCAAGGAGUAGAUGCUACAGCUGUUCUUAGAUCCCUCCAACAGGUGGCAGUACUGGUUCAAGGUUGCUGGGUUGUCAAAAGUGAGAUUUUGUACCCUAAAGAGGCCACCAGUCCUCACAGUGGUGUUUCUGCUGAUCACCUGUGCAGAGGAAGAGACUAUGUGAUGUGGAGAUUCACUCAGUCUAGGCAUGUAACAAGGAAGGACAUUGCGUCCAUUGUUAAGCUGCCUGCUGAGGAUGUGAAAGAAAUCCUAGAACAAAUCUCUCAUAUUCGUGUUAACUGUGGUUGGGAAUUCAUGUUUACAUAUGACUCAGAGUUUACCAGUAGGUAUUCAGAUAUUGUCCAGAGACAGAAGAUGUUAUGGGAAGCUAAAUAUCAAAGUCUGGCCAAACAACUGAAAAUCCCCAAGGAACAUGAGAAGAAGUUCAAAGAUAAAGAUCCACCCCUUCCUCCUGGAGAAAAGCCAAUGAGGCGUCGCAGAAAUUCCUCAAGGUCAUCCACUGGAACACGCAGGAAGCGUACACUGAGUGGUCGAUCCUUAUCCGAUUACAGUGAUGCAGAAACGGAUAUUUUAAAACAGGAUCUCGAAAACCAUGAUGACCUUCUCUCCAGGACGGAAGAGCCCAUGGAAGUGUCAUCUGCUAGAUCUCAAAACAUGAAUGGUACUGUAGAGGUUACCCCCAAUACUGACUGUGAUACAAACAAGGAAGAAAAUGUUACCGAAUCCUCAGAUUUUAAGCUUGAGGUCGUUAAUUUUGUGAGGGACAAACUGUGCACAAGAUUUGUGGUUAGUGCAAGUGAACUGCGUAGACUAUUUCAGAUGCAUCUUGCUCAGUGUCCUCCAGGUCAUAUAUUAGCAACUGGUGUGUCUGAUAAACUCUUGGAGGAGUCUGUAUUAAAGGUUGGUGGAGUGCAAUUGGAAAAUCAGUGGCCACCAAAUACGCAACAAGAACCCAUUUAUGCCUUACCCAAAAUUGGAGAUAGACUAGAUGCUGCCCGUGCUGUGUUGUUGAAUGCCUUCACCUCUAGUCACCGCAUCAACAGGAAACAGUUUAUAAAGUCUGUAGAAGAGGAGUGUGGUAUAGUUCUGUCUGACCAAGACACCAAGUUAUUACUCAAGGACUAUUGUGCUCAAAAGGGGAACAGCUGGAUGCUGAAAGGAACAAUUCCUGCUACUUGACCCUGGCCCGUUUUAUAGUUGUAAAUUUUUUCUGCUUUUGUUACACUGUUGAUUUUAAUAAAUUAUGUGGAUAGACUCA